UCCCCCCACCCACCGCUCAAGUAGCCCACAUAACUAAUUACGCUAGUUUAUUUAUUCCAAAAAUAAAAUCUGCUAAAAUUUAAACAUAAAAUAAAUAACUCCAUUCUUCUCUAAAAUAUCAUCCCUUUUAUGAGAAGAUUCCAAAAUAACCCAACAACAAGAGGCUUCCAAUUCCAACGGAAAUUAUACUAAUUUAUACUCCAUUUAUUUUGUGUUUGUGACAAAGAGAAAAACUUGGCAAAAAGAAACUAUAUUUCAUAUUUUCGAAGUCGGUUAAGAAGUCUGAAUUGUUGCAGUUGUAUUUAAAAUAAUUCAUGCCGGUGAAAUUUCAGUAUAGUACAUUGGUUGAGCUAUAAAAGGAAAUUGUACUACAACACAGAAUGAACUACUAUGUUCCCGAUUUUGAGAUGGAAGACGAACAUCACAUAAUAUCUACCUCUUCUCCGAUCACCCGUCACAAGGCAGAAGAUGAGAUACUGGAGUUGUUAUGGCAAGAUGGUCAGAUAGUAGCACAACCUCAAAAUCAACGAAAAUUUCAACCGUCUUCUGCUGCUGCUUCACCACCUCCGCUUCCGAAUUAUCAGUAUCAGCAUCAUCAUCAUCAUCAGCAUCAUCAACAUCAGCAACAGCAGCAGCAGCAGCAGCAACAGCUUUAUAUGGCGGAAGAUGAGAUGGCAACAUGGCUUCACUACCCACUGGAUGACUUGUAUAGUGAUAUUCUAUGUGAAAAUCAGAAUCAGACGAGCACACAGCUUCCUGCAGUAGCGACAACAGUAGUACGCCAACCGCAGGAGAUUAGGCCUCCUGUUGCACCAGUUCGACCGCCUGUUCCGCCUCCUCCAUCGACGACAACGACAACAACGACGACAGCAGGGAGUACGAUGAACUUCCCGCUGUUCUCGAGGAUGCGAGGGAAUAGGGAACUGGAGAGAUUGCCGAGCUUAAGGACGGACUUGACUGUUGUAGAGUCGAAUUCGACGCCAGCUUUGGGGCAAGUACAGAGCAUGGGAGAAGUGUCGUCUGCUUUUCCUAGCAGUGUUGGAGGAGAGAGACUGGAUAAAGAUAGAGGUAGCGGAGGAAAGAGACUGGAGAAGGCUGCUGGAGGGAGUGAUGAGAUUACGGUGUCGUCGUCGUCUAGUGGUGGUCCUACUAAUACGACCACGACGGCUAUCAUCGCUUCCGAAGAUGUCGGAGAGAAAGUGGUCAUGGAGGAUCGAAAGAGGAAGCAAAGAGAUGUUGAUGAAUCUCCUUCCACUGCCACCGCUCAGGAUGUAGAACUUGAAGCUGGUGAUGAUGAAAAGAAACAUUCCCGGGGGUCACACUUUGGAAAGAGAUCUCGUGCUGCCGAGGUUCACAAUCUCUCAGAACGGAGACGUCGAGAUAGGAUAAAUGAGAAGAUGAAGGCAUUGCAAGAACUCAUUCCUCGGUGCAACAAGUCAGAUAAAGCUUCAAUGCUCGAUGAGGCAAUUGAGUAUUUGAAGUCUUUGCAGAUGCAAGUUCAGAUGAUGUCAAUGGGAUGUGGAAUGGUUCCAAUGAUGUACCCUGGAGUGCCACCACAGUAUAUGCCACCAGUGGGAAUGGGAAUGGGAAUGGGGAUGGGAAUGGGAAUGGACAUGGGAAUGAACCGCCCAAUGAUGUCAUUUCCACCCAAUAUGCCUGGUUCUAACUUACCAACCGCUCAGUCGGUAGCAGCAGGAUCUCAAAUUGCUCCGCGGUUCACCAUCCCACCAGUUCGUAUGCCUUCUCUUCCUGGUUCCAAUUUCUCUGCAAACCAAGCCAGCAAUCAGGUGGAUCCUGUCCAUAGCUCAUUUCCUGUUCAGAAUCCUGCCUUGCCACAGCAACCAGUUCAGAAUCCUGCCUUGCCACAACAGCCAAACUUGAAUGACCCGUAUCAGUACAUGGCUUUCCAACAGAUGCAGAUGCAGAUGCAGAUGCAAAUGCAGAUGCAGAUGCAAGCAGUUCAGAACCAAUCAAUUUCCCAACCUGGGUCAAGCAAGCCAAGCACAAGCAAAAGUGAGGCCCAACCUGGGCCAAGCACAAGCAGAAGUGAAGCUGAAGAUGAUCAAUGAUGUAAGCUUUAGCGCCGAGUUAAGCAGCUUAAGCAAGCUGAAGAUUAUUUUUUUGGUACCGCAGUUUGAAGUUUUUGGUUAAAGAGACGGCGAAAGGUUAUUGCCUGCAAAGUUUUGACAAGGACAUGUAGUUUUUCCACCAAGUUCAGUUUCAUUCAGCCUACAGAAAGCAAACACAAAACUAACAUCUGAAGAGGAAUUCUCAUGUAAAUAUUGUCUUCUAGGGAUCAGUUCUCGUUUUUGUUCAGCUUGUGAGUUAGCUUGGUGGGUGCAACAGAAUGCAAAUAUUUUGCAGUUGGUAGAAAGAAAAUGAUAAAACCGUCUUUCUACUGAUUGCGUUGCACAAUAUUAAAACAAGUUAAGCUGAAGUGUACAACUAAUAGACAUAACAGAAGUUCCCAAUGUGCUCAAGUUUGGAAGAAUUUGGCAGUGAAAUUCCGCACUAGCAUUUUUUUU